AUAUAUGCUCUCUGUGCAUUUGUUCUGAGGUUGUGAUCUCUAUAUCGCUUCAACUGCAAUUUUUCUCUCUGUUCGUAUUCCUCCGCUGUUUUCACAUCGUUCGUGGCAAUGGCGGAUGGUUAUUGGAGGUACGGAGACGCAAAGCAGACUCAUAUGCCUCCUUCUUUCGCCGGAAAACGUUCUCGCUCCGACUAUGAUGUCGCUGGCAGCCAUGAAUUUCCCAGUUAUUUUCCUCGUGAAGAUGAAAGAGGUGCACCCCGUGUUGUGAGAGAUAAUGAAUCCAUUGGAGCAUCCUUUGAUCGUUACCUGCGCCAAGCGCAAAUGUCAUCUUAUGGCGGUGGGGAAUCUGGCAGACCAAUGAGUGGGGGAAUAACCAGCCGUCCUGUUGAUGAUCCACGUAUGAUGGCUGUUGGGGGCAUGGACCCAGGCAUGGCUGUAAAAAGCCGGAACAUGGGGUUUGGUGGUGGACGACCUGAGAUGCCUCUCCCCCCAGAUGCUUCAAACACUCUUUUUGUAGAGGGCUUGCCUGCAGACUGUACACGCAGGGAAGUUUCCCACAUUUUUCGUCCUUUUGUAGGAUUUAGAGAAGUAAGACUUGUAAGCAAGGACUCUAGACAUCCUGGUGGAGAGCCGCUUGUCCUCUGCUUUGUUGAUUUUGCAACUCCAGCCCAGGCAGCAACUGCAUUAGAUGCCUUGCAAGGUUAUAAAUUUGAUGAGCAUGACCGGAAUUCAGCCGAUUUAAGGCUACAGUUUGCUCGUUAUCCUGGUCCGAGGUCAGGUGGUGGCCCUCGUGGCAGGCGUUGAAUAGUGCGGUUUUACAGGAUCCACUUGAAUCGGGGAGUUUCAAUCAUGAGGGACGUUACAACUGCGUUUCGGCAUAAAGAAUCACCAAGAUAUUGUUGAACGCACUUCUCUGUAGGAACAACUUGGGUCAGGAGGUUUCAGACUGAGGGACAAUUGGUAGAGUUUUGCGUGUGGUCUCUACCUGCGUUAGGACUCUGCUAACAAAUUGAUAGCUGCACUACUUGCAUUUUUAAUUGGGCCACCAUGUAUGUUUAUGAAUCUUUUAGGGUUUUGAGACGCAUCAAUAUCUUUCCUGUUGUUUAUGUUAUGAGAUCAGGAUUUCAAGUAUUUAGACAGUUAAAUGGGGGAAAGCUUUUUACUUGGAUCGGCAAAACGAUAUGGUCAAUAUCAUGCUAGGAUAUUUUGAAUUCUUGUUGAAAAUUUCCCUUGUACAGUCCUAAAAAACCAGUUUUUGUUUGAUUGGUUUUUCAAUGCUUGAUUUUGUUUGGCUUA